CGGGCGGGCGCGCGGCGGCGGCCCCGAAGGAGCGAUCGGAGCGACCCGGCCCGGCCCGGCCCGGCCCGGCCCCGCAGAUGCCCUGAGCCAUGUCGGACGAGAAGCCCCCCCAGCUGGUGGAUUACUUCGUGGUGGCCGGGCUGACCGAGAGCUCGAGGCUGCUGGAGGAGGAGACGCAGCAGCACCGUCCCGCCCGGCCCAGCGAGCCCAUCACCGACGUGGCCGUCAUCAUCCGCUCCCAGGGCGAGGACGUGCCCCACGGCUUCACCUGCAUCGAGACCACCACCACGGGCCACCCCGUGGACCUCAACGCCGGGCUGCUCAACAACCCCCAGAUGUUCAUCUGCUACAAGAGGAGCCGGGACAAACCCCCCCUCAUCGAGCUGGGGGUGCACUAUGAGGGCAAAGACCGCCCAAAACCGGGCUACAAGAUCCUGGACACGACCCCCUACAGCCGCUCAGCCAACCUCAACUCGGGGGGGCCGGGCCACCAACGCACCUUCCUGACGUACCGGCGGGCGGCCGAGCCCCACGGCCACAACACGCUGGGGGUCACUGACAUCUGCCUCAUCAUGCCCAGCAAGGGAGAGAGCACCCCACACACCUUCUGCCGGGUGGACAAGAACCUGAACACCAGCAUGUGGGGCCCUGCCCUCUACCUGUGCUACAAGAUCGCCAUGGCCAAGGCCAACACGUUGGUCUACGAAGCAGGGCUGCUGGGCCGUUACCCUGAGCAGGACAGUGAGUCCUUCCCCCUGCCCGAGUCGGUGCCCGUGUUCUGCCUGCCCAUGGGAGCCACCAUCGAGAGCUGGCCGGCCGACACCAAGUACCCACUGCCCGUCUUCUCCACCUUCGUGCUGACCGGCGCCUCGGGCGACAAGGUGUACGGGGCGGCCAUCCAGUUCCACGAGGCCUUUCCCCGGGAGAGGCUGUCGGAGAAGCAGAGCCUGCGCCUGGGGCUGCUGAGCGUGGUGGAUCGCCGGCCCGUGGGCGGCCGCUCGCUGCAGACCCGCAAGAGCAUCUGUGUGCUGUCCCACUGGCCUUUCUUCGACGUCUUCCGCAAGUUCCUCAUGUUCAUCUACCGCUACUCCAUCUCGGGGCCCCACGUGCUGCCCCUCGAGACGCACAUCUCACACUUCAUGCACAACGUCCCCUUCCCGUCCCCGCAGCGGCCGCGCAUCCUGGUCCAGAUGUCCCCAUACGACAACCUGCUGCUGUGCCGCCCCGUGUCCUCCCCGCUGCCGCUCAGUGGUGCCAGUUUCCUGACACUGCUGCAGAACCUGGGCCCUGACAACGCCGUGGCUCUGCUGGUGGCCGUGCUGACGGAGCAGAAGCUGCUCAUCCACUCCCUGCGCCCCGACGUCCUGACCAGCGUGGGCGAGGCGCUGGUGGCGAUGAUCUUCCCCCUGCGCUGGCAGUGCCCCUACAUCCCGCUGUGCCCGCUGGCGCUGGCUGACGUGCUGUGUGCCCCCGUGCCCUUCAUUGUAGGCAUCCACUCCAGCUACUUCGACCUCUACGAGCCCCCCAGGGACGUCAUCUUCGUCGACCUGGACACCAACACCAUCUUCCAGAGCGAGGAGCGCAAGCUGCUGUCCCCACGCUCCCUGCCCCGCCGGCCCUGCAAGGUGCUGCUGGCCUCCCUGCACAGCCUCUGGCAGCAGCUGGAUGAGAUGUACAGCGGGCCGGGGGAGGAGGCGUCCCUGGAGCUGCUGCUGAGCGACGUGGAGGCCGCGCUGGGCCGCCGGGCGCAGCUGGAGCUGGAGGCUCGGGCGGCGUUUCUGCGCUUCAUGGCCUGUGCCCUGCGCGGCUACCGCGGCUUCCUGCGCCCCAUCGCCCCCACGGCCGCCGGCAGGGACACCGGCAGCCUCUUCGCCCUGCAAGGGUUCCUCAAGUCCCGGGAGCGGGCGUACCACCGCUUCUACGGGCAGCUGCUGCGCACUCAGCUCUUCACACAGUUCAUCGAGGAUUGUUCCUUCGCCAGCGACCGAGACCCCUGCCUCGAGUUCUUCGACACCUGCGUGGACAAGGUGGGUCCUCCCUCCCCUUCACCCCCCUCAGCCCCCUCCGUCCCCGCUCCGUGACACCCCCUGUCCCCUCCCCAGGUGCAGGCAGAGCUGGAGAAGCCCGAGGACACGCCGCUGAUCGAGCUGGACGACGCUCGGGGCGGGGAGCACACGGUGUUCAUCACUCCCCCCGAGCAGCCGGCGGGUCCCGACGGCGCUGAGCCGCCAGCGCGGUACCGCUACGACGGGUUCCCCACCCUGCGCCCCGAGCUGCUGGAGCCGCCCCGAGACCCGCUGGUUGCGCAGCUGUGCCAGGCCAGGAGCAGCGCGCCCAGCAGCCCGGCCCCACGCAGGACCAAGCAGGAGAUGAAGGUGGCCCAGAGGGUGGCACAGAAAUACUCCUCGGUGCCCGACAUGUGGGCCAAGUGCCUGCUGGGCCACUGCUACGGCCUCUGGUUCCUCUACUUGCCCACCCACGUGCGCGCCGCCCCCGCCAAGCUGCGGGCCCUGCAGCUGGCCUACGAGGUGCUGCGGAAGAUGGAGGCUCACAAAGUGGUGCUGCCGGACGAGGUGUGCUACCGCAUCCUGAUGCAGCUGUGCGGGCAGUACGGGGAGCCGGUGCUGUCGGUGCGGGUGCUGCUGGAGAUGAAACGCGCCGGCAUCGUCCCCAACACCGUCACCUACGGCUACUACAACAAGGCCGUGCUGGAGAGCAAGUGGCCGGCGGGCACGCAGAGCGGGCGGCUGCGCUGGGCCAAGCUGCGCAACGUGGUGCUGGGGGCGGCGCAGUUCCGGCAGCCCCUGCGGCAGCGGCAGCGCCGGGCGGCCGCCGCAGGUACCCACGGCGGCCGAGCCCCCCCGGCGCCCCGUCCUGGGCUGCAGCGACAGACCACCUGGGCCGGGCACAGCCUGCGGGACCCCCCCCCGGCCCCUCGCCUGGUGAAGAGCGGCAGCCUCAGCUUCCCCGGCGGCAGCCAGGCCGAGGCCGCGCAGGGGGCGGCCCCGAUGCCCCGGCCCCCUCCCCUGCUGCCCCCGGCCCCGCUGCCCCCCCGGCUGCGCGGAGCCCCCGGCUCGGCCGACGGGAGCCUGUCCGACGUCAGCUUCGCCACGGACGAGAGCGACCGCGCGGACGAGGGGCCGGGGGGCGGCGCGGGGCCGGCGGCGGGGGGCGCGGAGGGGCCGGGGGGCGGCGGGGGGCCGGCGGCGGGGGGCGCGGAGGGGCCGGGGGGCGGCGGGGGGCCGGCGGCGGGGGGCACGCCGCGCCGGGGGCUGGCCGCCAAGCUGCAGCAGCUGCUGUCCCCGGGCAAGCGCGGCUCGGUGCGGCUGGCGGCCGGCGCGGAGCCCCCCGGCCCCGGCCCCCGGCGCGGCUCCGAGCAGCGGGACGGGGAGGUCCCUCUGCGCCGCAGCCCCGUGCAGACCCUGCUGCGGCCCCGGGAGCGCCCCGAGUCCACCGCCUCCGAGAGCUCCGUGUCGCUGGGCAGCGAGCUGGACCUGUCGGACACGUCGGUGGGCAGCGGCGCCGGCAGCGCCAGAUCCGCCGAGGCGCCGGCUGACGGGGCAGCGGGGCAGGAGCAGCCGCCCGCCGUGGAGGUGCUGCUGUCGAGCUGCUCGCGCUGCCAGGGCUGCGGGGCGCUGGUGUACGACGAGGAGGUGAUGGCGGGAUGGACGUCUGACGACUCCAACCUCAACACCACCUGCCCCUUCUGCUCCCGCUCCUUCGUGCCCUUCCUCAGCAUCGAGAUCCACGACUUCCAGCUGCCCCCCAGCCCCUCUGGGGACGGCUCCCUCCCUCCUCCCCCGGCGCAGGGCCCGGUGCUGAGCGACCGCCGCCGCUGCCUGGCGCUGGAUGAGGCGGAGCCGGAGCUGUGCAACGGGCACCCGGACACGGCGAUCCCAGGGAGGUCGGAGCGGGUGGCUUUCGCCUACCUGAGCCCUUUGGUGCUGCGGAAGGAGCUGGAGAGUUUGGUGGAGAACGAAGGGGGCGAGUUCCUGGCGCAGCCGGAGCUCGUGGACAGUCACCCCAUCAUCUACUGGAACCUGGUCUGGUACUUCCAGCGCCUGGGGCUUCCCAGUAACCUCCCCCUCCUGCUCCUGGGCUCCCAGCACGUCACCUCAGCCCCGCAGGCGCAGCCCCCCGAGUCGCCCUGUGUGCGCGUGCGGCUGCUCUGGGACGUGCUGAGCCCCGAACCCGACAGCUGCCCCCCGCUCUACGUGCUCUGGAGGCUUCACAGUAACGUGCCCACCCGGCUGCGGUCCUGGCGGCCCCACGGCCACCCCUUCUCCCUGGCCUUCCUGGAGGCCGUGCUGAGCCACGUGGGGCUGAGCGAGGUGCACAAGGCCAUUUCCCUCUUCCUCGAGACCCUGGCAGCCCCAGGAGCCCCCCAGCACCUACCAAGGAGCAUCUACCGGGAGAUUCUGUUCCUCACGCUGGCGGCGCUGGGCCGGGACCACAUGGACAUCGCCGCCUUCGACAAGAAGUACAAGUCAGCGUACACCAAGCUGGCCGGGAGCCUGGGCCGGGAGGAGCUGCGGCGGCGGCGGGCGCAGCCCCCCAGCUCCAAAGCCAUGGACUGCCGCAAGAGCUUCGGGGCCACCCUCGAGUGCUAGAGGCGGCCCCAGCGCUGGGACAGCGGCCUGGGGCGGGGCUGAGGAUGCCCCGGGCCGGUCCCUCCCGGGCACCCCCCAGCGCCCCCCGAGGAGCCCCCAGACCCCCGGGCAGCCCCCAGCCCCUCCCGAGGAGCCCCCAGCGCCCCCUGGGAGCCCCCAGCCCCUCCUGGGCAGUCCCCAGCCCCUCCCGGGAGCCCCCAGCCCCCCCCAGAGCUUUUAUAUGUCAGUAUUAAUAUAUUUUUAUUUAUUGAUUCCCCCCGUGUCGCUUGUGCAGCUGGGGCGGGGCUCUGGCUCCGGCUCCGGCUCCCCCUCCCCACGCUCCCCACCCUAAUCCCCACGGGGGGCGCUGGGGGCCGUCACGAGGGGCUUUGGGGGGGGGGGCUGCCCUUUCCCCCUCGCACUGUGCAAUAGGAGCCCCCCAGCCCCGGGGGGAGUGUCUGUAAAUAAAAGCCGCUGCGGUAUUUU